AAAAUUGCUCUUAUUUUCUGUCACUAUAAUAAAAUAAAAUAAAAAACAUUUACCCAUUUUAAAUUAUUAAGCCUAACUUAUCAAAGUGAGUGAACUCAACUAAAGAGAGUGAUUUCACUAGAAAAUUUGACUCUAAUCCCAGAUUUUAGCGGUGCUUCCCUAAGUUUUAUCCAAACUGCAUAAAACUUGCCACUUUUUUUUUUAAUAAUUACUGUUAAUUACUGUUAAUUAUCCAAGAACAAAAGGGGGGGAAAUUAUGGGAGAGCAGAUUAGAGCAGAAGAUUGGCUACCAGAAGGAUGGAAGAUUGAAAUCAGAGUCAGAAAAAGUGGCAAAAAAGAUCGAUACUAUACGGAUCCUGUAAACGGGUACAUAUUCCGGUCACUGAAAGACAUUGACCGGUAUCUUCUCUCCGGAAAGUUAGGGAAACAUGUAACCAAGAACAAACCAAAGGGGUUAGACGACAGUGAUGAUACAGUGAAUUUUAACUUGAUUCAGCAUAAUGAUGUACCGAUAAUGAAGAAAUCGAUCAAGUCGAAUCAUUCAGACAAGAAGAGAUCCAGAAACAACUCCAAGACAGGAAAAACCGGACCUGAAAAUUCGGAGACAGAGAAGAAAACGGGCAGUAGAUCUUCGAGAGGAGGGAGAGGUUCUAGGCCUAAGAAGAAAAACGAAUCGACUCCUUUCUUUAUACUUGAUCCAGAUCGGUGCGAAGGCAGCAGCGCGGUCAGCAUACCAAACCUAUCUGAAAUCAUUGAUUCUAUGCUCAAGGAGAAAGAAGGCGGUAGUGGUAAAACCGUCUAUCUUUCUGCUCCGGAUAUCGGAUCCCUUCUCGGAGGAAAAAUGUCAGAAACCGGGUGUACUGAUAACAGCAGUAAGAACCCGAAUAAAUCUGCUGUCAAUUACAGCAGUUUAGUUUCUGAUGUAAAGAAAGAAGGUUGUGAAUCUGAGUCAAGAAGCGCGGUAAAACCAUACCAUGAACAUCACGGGCCAUCUCCGAUGCUAGAGAAGGUUAUUAAGGCGGGUUCAGAAAGCCCGGUUUUUGCAGAUUUGUUCGAGGAUCCAUGUAUCGAUUUUGCUAUUAAAACUCUUACAGGUAACAACAGUCUGUUUGGCGUGUAAGAGGUCGUACAUAUAUAUGAUGAACUUUCUGAAUCCACCUCGCUUUUUUCGUGUAAUGACAGUAUAAUCAGCAAAUAUGUUGUAAAGAUGUGUAUCUAAUGUCUGGUGUAAUGUGUAAUGACUGUAAUAGUGUAAUCUUUUCUAGUCUUUUGUUGAAUGUAAUCUUGUAAACAUGAUUUACUUUUCAUAAACUGGCCAUUGUAGGAAAUAAUAAGUUUCAAUAUCUAUAUAAAAAAAAUUAAUAGUA